CUCUCUCUCACAUCCUACCCACUCUCAUCAUCAGAAGCCCCCUCGUGCGGCUCCGCGCAUGCGUGUCGAGCGCUUCCCCCUUUCAUUCAGUCUGGCAGUGAGGAGAGGAGCUGCAGCACAGCGGGAGGAGGGAGUACGAUCCUGCGCUGACACCCGCAUAGUCAUUCAUACAGCACACUGACACCGCUCAGCCUCAACUGCUGGACACUUCCAUAGAGCUCAACAAGGAGGAAGAAGAACGGCACAACCUGGAAGUCCAGUGACUGAGAGCCCAGCACUAUCACUGCACCCCCAGCACUAUCACUGCACCCCCAGCACUAUCACUGCACCCCCCACACACAGCACCAUGCCUGAGCUCAUCAGUGUAGGAGAGUUUAUAAAGGAGACCCUGGAGGACCACAGCUCACCUACCACCUCCUCCUUCACCACCAGGAUGGGCAGCUGCAGGAACACAGUGAACACCAUAGAGGAGGCACUGGAUGCCGACCGCUACGUCCUUAACAAGAUGAAGAAGUCUGCCAAGGCGAAGCACAGCGCAGGAGAAGAGCACAUCACGCACCUUGAGGUUUAUAUUGCCACGCUGGAAAAGCUAUCAUCCAACUGCAGGGACAAUGGGGAGGAAGCGCUGAGCAACGCUUUCAGUGCCUUCGCUGAGUUGUCCAAGGAAUUGUUGACACCAAUGAAGAACAUGCUGCAGAGUUUUAAUCACAACAUUAAUUACUUUCUGAACGCGCUGGUUAAAGGAGAUCUGAAGGAAGUGAAAGGGGAUUUAAGAAAACCUUUUGAAAAAGCUUGGAAGGAUUAUGAAAACAAGUUCACUAAAAUUGAGAAGGAGAAGAGGGAGCUGGCCAAGCAGUACGGAAUGGUGCGGAAUGAGGUGGCUGGAGGAGAAAUCGCUGAGGAACUGGAGAAGGAACGAAGGAUGUUUCAGUUGCAGAUGUGUGAAUAUUUGAUCAAAGUCAAUGAAAUAAAAAGCAAGAAAGGCGCAGACCUUUUGCAGAAUCUCGUCAAGCAUUACACCUCCCAGUGCAACUUUCUGCAGGAAUGUUUACAAGCAACUGAAAAACUGAAAUCCUACAUCGAAAGCCUGACUACAGAGAUGCAAAUUAUCAAGACCAGACAGGAGGAGGAGAAGAAGCAGCUGUGCUCUCUGCGGGACAUGCUCAAGCCUACUCUGCAGGUCGAAACCAAAGAGUUCAGAAGAGAAUCCAUCAGUAAGCAGCUGGUGUACAGUAUGCACCAAUUACAGGGAAACAUGCAGUAUGGCACAGAAAAACAUGGCUUUCUGUACAAAAAGAGUGAUGGGCUCAGAAAAGUUUGGCAGAAGAGGAAGUGCUCAGUGAAGAAUUGUUACUUGACCAUUGCACAUGGCGCGCCAAACCGCCAGCCGGCCAAAUUGAAUCUGUUGACGUGCCAGGUGAAGCCGAACAUUGAAGAUAAGAAAUGCUUCGACCUCAUAUCACAUAAUCGAACAUACCAUUUUUUAGCAGAGGAUGAACAAGACUGUGUUGCGUGGAUCUCGGUGCUUACUAACAGCAAGCAAGAAGCUUUGAACAUGGCAUUCCAUGAAGCACGGCCCAGUGAGGAGAACAGCAUUGAGGAUCUCACUAAAGCCAUCAUAGAGGACAUUCGACGAAUGCCGGGGAAUACGGUGUGCUGUGACUGCGGAGCACCAGAUCCAAUGUGGUUGUCCAUCAAUCUCGGUAUCUUGACGUGUAUUGAAUGCUCUGGUGUCCAUCGAGAGCUUGGCGUACAUCACUCCCGAAUCCAGUCACUAUCAUUGGACAAACUUGGGACCUCAGAGCUCUUACUAGCCAAAAAUGUUGGUAACUCUGGAUUUAAUGACAUUGUAGAGGCCAGUCUCCCUUCUCCGACAAUCAAACCCACAACAGACAGUGCAAUGGUCCAACGAAAAGACUUUAUAAAUUCCAAGUACAUACCCUGGUUGUACACAAAGAGAAGCAACACUCACCCCGUGGCCCGACUGCAUGAACUUCAAGAGGCUGUGCAAUUUAAAGAUGUAUAUGCACUGAUCCAAGCCUAUGCUGAAAAGGUGGAUCUAACAGAGCCAAUUCCACAGCCGGCACAGGAGGCUGGUGAAACCAUUCUUCACUUGGCAGUUUUAUUGUCAGACCGUACGUCUCUACACAUUGUAGACUUUUUGGUGCACAACAGUGGCAAUCUAGUGAAGCAGACCGCUCGAGGCAACACUCCUCUCCAUUACUGCAGCUUGUACAAUAAAACCGAGAGCAUGAAACUCUUCCUGAGAGCCAAAGUCAAUAUAAAGAUCAAAAAUGAAGCUGGUGAGACCGCACUGGACAUUGCCAGACAGCUAAAGCACACCCUUUGUGAAGAUUUGCUGCUCCAAGCUCAGAACAAUCAAUUUAACAUGCGUGUUCACGUGGAGUACGAGUGGCUUCUGCGCCAGGAUGAUAUGUAUGAAAGUGAUGACGAUCUGGAUGAAAAGCUGGGCCCCGUCAAAAAGGAGCGAAAUCUACGGCCGUACAGUUGCUUCCCGUCGCCCAGUUCUCCGUUUCCAGACAGAGGAACCCCAACGUCGUUUUUAAGACGGGCUUCACAAGUGUCACAGGUGUCUCAGGACUCGCGUUAUGAUGUGGGAGGUGGACAGUUGAGUACUGAAAAUGCAGGGACUCCAACAACGCCAUAUACACCGCCUUUGCCACCCCGUAAUCCUAUCAGAGCACCCAAUGUACCACCACCACCUCCUCCUGCCAGCCCCUCACCUAUCCCCAAAAAGCUGCCUGCUACACCUCCACUGACUACAAAGCACAAGAGGGCACUCUCAGAGCCAUCCCCCAUCAUACCACACAGUCCCUCCAGCCAAAGCGGCCUCCAUUUCGACUACGGUUCCUGCUGUUCGUCCCCCUCCAAAUAUCUCCAGUCAGAAGUUAUGUCCAGGAGACCAAGCAUUGGAUCUCCAAAACUUAGCAGUCUUCAUGAAGUGCCGGAAGUCCCACCAAAAGUUGAUUAUAGGACAGAAGGAUAUUCAAAAGCAGGAAACCAAAGAUCCUUCCAGACCAGCACGUCUCCAGCUUCAUCUGUGCAGGAACUGUACCGCGUGCCAACGCCCACUCAAGAACCUCCCCAGCCAAUGCCACGGAGGAUGAGUCUGAGCAAACCAAGGCUCAGACGGGUGAAGGCUUUGUUUGACUGCACAGCCGAUAGAGAAGAUGAGCUCACUUUUAGCACAGGAGAAAUUAUUGUAAUCACAGAAGAGGAGGACGACAACUGGUGGAAUGGCUACAUCGAUGGUCAGUUGCAUAGAAGAGGAGUUUUCCCAGCAUCCUUUGUGCACAUUUUAACUGAUUAGUAAGCAUAAUCUCAAGGACGUGACAUGAGCCAAAAGAAGACAGAACCAGAGGUUGGGGUCGUCAGAUAAAAAGUUCUGAUUUGGUUGUAUAUAAGUUGGCCUUUGUAUGGACCACUCCUUGUCAUGGUAAAUGCAAGAGCAGGUGGCAGAAAUAGGGCAAAAGGACCAAUUCCAACUGCUUAGACUGUGCUGGUCAAUGGCCUUCUUAAUAAACAAGGGACCACACCAUCAUCACCAAAUCUGUGACUCGCCAAACCAUGUAAUGUGAGAGAUAAAGGGGUUAAUAGACAUGCAUUUUAUGCUUGUGCUGUGCCUUGUAAUGCAUAUAGCUUUGUGUCAUUUUUACAGAUAUAAUCCUAAUAAUGUGUCAGCUUAGCUGCAAAAGUACAAUCUAUACAGCACACAACUUGGGGCAGUUGUGUCCACAAAAACAGCAGGAACAAACAAAAGGCACUGCUUGGGUGUAUUUUAUGGAUAUGGCACAUCCAUAUUUCAGAAAAUUGUGUUCAGUGGAACAAACAAACUUUAAUGCUGCAUUAAAGUAGAAGUCCACCCUAAAACUAAAAUCCUUGCAUCUAUAGGCAUCCACGAUCUAACACUAACCCAUCUAGCCCUGUAAAAAAGAAAUCGGUCUACAUGCCUUUUUUUGAAGCCGAUCCGACCCUAUCUCCAGCGGCGGAAGCUCUGCAGAGGACAUGGCCGACAACGGCUGUGAAAUGAAUGGGGAGGGACGUUGCCCAUAGUUACUAUGGGGCUUCCGUUGUCUGCGGUGUCCUCUGCACCCUCCUCCACAGCGAAGCCACGUCUGACAGCUCAGUGUGGGAUCGGGUCGGAGCGGCUUCAAAAAGGUAUGUAUACUGAUUUUGUGCUUUACAGGCUAAAUAGAUUAGUGUUAGAUCAUGGAUGUUUAUAGAUGCAGGGAUUUUAGUUUUAGGGUGGACUUCACAGAUAUUGGAAACUGUGCCAUAAAGUAAAAGGCUGUUACAGUUGGAAAAGGGCAAAUCGCACUGACAGGGGUAGUUACAACAGUCAGGGUGACAACGCUGCUAUGCAGUUUCAUUGCAGAAUGAACUGUGUUGUCACCCUGUUACAGGAAAUGUAAAAUAACAGAUCUACUAGCAGGAUUGAUAGGUAAUAAAACUAGGUUACUAAAAGAACUAAAAAAAAAAACAUAUUGUACUAACACUAGUGACAGACUGCCCCACACACAGUAUAUCAUUUUGGAUUUUGACAAUAAUUCCACUACAAAAGAAUCUUGUACCUAGAGGAAUAUGGAGGGUGUCAUUCUUCACUUCUUCCCUAAAUUGAUGUUUGGCUGUUUUUGCUUUCAAUACUUUUAAAACUUACC